CCUUUGCGUAAAAGAAAAAUCCCCUGACUCGUCUCCUCCGCUCCUUGCACGGUUGCGCCAUCUCGUGGCUGAACAGGAGAGGGGCGCCGGUCUCCAUCUGGCGAGCACAGGAGGGGAUCCUGAACGGUCAGGAUCAUCUCUGCUUAAAAUCCAACGCUGAGGAUCGUCUCCACCGCGCCCUCUUCUCCGCCCCCUCUCUCUCGCUCUCACGCGCCGCCGCCCCUCCCCAACCCCGACCUACGCCCAAACCCCCGUCUACCUUAAUCUCUCCCUCUCACGCUGCGCCACCGCCGUCGACGCCGCCCUCGACUGCCGCCGCUCCGCCGUCGUCGCAACCGUCGUCUCGCCGCCACCUAUCCCCGCCGCCGGCUCGCCCUCAACCGAUCCCCAUCGCCGUCGUCGCAUCCGUCGCCCUCAACCGAUCCGCCGUCGCAUGCCGCAUCAUCGCCGUCGCGCGCCGUCGACCCCCUGUCCGCCCCUCCUGACCUGAUAGAGAAAUCCGCCUCCCCAAUCCCCCCGCGCCCCGCUCCACAGUCCCGCAUCGCCCCCCGCCCCCUUCCUCGCUCUCGCUCUCCAAACCCUAACCCUAACCCCAACCCUGGUCGUCUCGGAGCAUCUAGCACCGGAUCCCGCGGUCCCCUCACCAUCUUCGCUUGCGAUCUCACUGGUCGCGCCUCUAUUCACGGCCACUGCGGACCGCUCCCCUCCAACCGGAACAGCAGCAUCGCCAUCGGCGACGGGAGCAGGAUCCCCAUCUGGAUCAGCGGUAAACAAGCCACUGUGUGAGGGACGACGCUGCAGCUGCUGAGGUCCUGUCACUGUCUCUCCGUCUCCAUCUCGUUGCCACCUCUGCCACCUUUGUGCUGAAGUAGAUUUUAUCAUCUGAAUCAAGUUUAGAUUUGUACAAUAUCUGCACAAAUGGAAUUGGGGGACAAGGCAGUAGGCUUUAUUUUAACCUUGACAAGUCUAUCCAUCUUUACAUACUAUACUUUCUGGGUCAUCAUCCUGCCAUUUGUUGACAGUGAUCACUUCGUCCACAAGUACUUUCUGCCUCAAGAGUAUGCUAUUUUGAUCCCAGUGCUUGCUGGCGUGAUUCUCCUAUCUUUCUUAAGCGUGUUCAUGGGUCUUGUUAUGCUCAAGUCAAAGAAAAAGAAGAAGACCACUUGAUUGAAUUUAACCAUAUUUGUUUAUUGAUUACGAUUGCAAGCUCUAUACAAGAAAGCAGGUUUUGCAUAUGAUUCCGUUCUAUGUAGUGGUUUUUGCAUGUAAGUCGUAGUUUCAGCUUUAUUAUUAUUAUUUCAUUUUUGCUGUUGGGUUGUGAACUAAACUUAAAGUGCAUGUUUAUAUCUUCAUGGCUAAUUUCAGCUGGACAGUCC